GUCAUUGUCGCUAUAGUAAUCAAAGGUCUGUUUUAAAGACCUCUUUGUAGUCUGGUUUUCAGCUCAACCGUCACUAAAUCAUAUUCAACCAAUCACAGUUGAACUAAAAACACCCCUGGUCAAGUAUAUUAAUCUCAAACGACAAACAAAAAGAUCAGUUUUGUUGUUCUGACCUCUGUGUUACAUGACCUUUGACCUCUAUGCAGAGUGGUGUGUGUAGGCAGGGACGGCAUGUUCAGCGAGAUAGUUCAGGGCCUGGUCUCUCGAACACAGAGGGAUAACGGAGUGGACCAGAACAGCCCGGAGGAGAAGCUGGUACCCUGUAGUGUCCGCAUCGGCAUUAUAUCCGCAGGUUCAACGGACUGCAUCUGCUAUGCCACUGCCGGCAUCAAUGACCCUGUGACCUCAGCUUUACAUGUCAUAGUGGGAGACUUCCAGCCAAUGGACGUGUGCUCGGUCCAUCACAACACAUUCUUGAGGUAUUCCAUCUCCCUGCUUGGAUACGGUUUCUCUGGUGACGUGCUGGCAGACAGCGAGAGGAAACGCUGGAUGGGACCAGCCAGAUAUGGCUUUUCAGGUUUUAAGACGUCCCUGACACAUCACCACUAUGAAGGGGCUGUGUCUUUUCUACCAGCAACUGACAUACCGGGAACACCGCGAGACAAGACCAGGUGUAGAGAUGGGUGCUUCAUAUGCCAGCACAUCGGGCAGCUGUAUUCAGGGGAUUCCCCAGAGGAAUCCAAGACUGCUCCACUUUAUUGA